AAAUAAUCUCUCUAAUCUGUACGUAUGAAUUUUUAUUAUAUUGGUGUAGGUAGCAUAUGGCUUACCGGCAAUUUUUGUAUAUUAAUUUAUACCUAUUCUAUAUCAUAAACCAGAAUGUAUUAUUAAUCAUACCGAAAUUAUUUGCACAAGUGUAAAUUGCAACAAUCAUCAAAAAACGACAUCAUCACUAAAAUCACGGUGUCGUAUAGCUGUCGUCUGUACCGAAAUGUCGGGUUUAAUAUUUAAUUCAAUUUUUAUAUGUUUUAUUAUAAAAAGUGCUACAGGUUUAGGUGAAAUAAUAUAUGCUAUUAAUGCCGGAGGACCUGCACAUACUGAUAUUUAUGGUAUACACUAUGAAAAAGACCCUUUACAAGGAAGAAUUGGUACUGCUUCUAAUUACGGAAAACAAUUGGUCAUGAUUGGUAGAGUAAAUCAAAAAGACGAAAUACUUUAUCAGACUGAAAGAUACCAUCAUAGCACAUUUGGCUACGACAUUCCAGCAAACAGAGACGGUGAUUAUGUACUAGUGUUGAAAUUCAGUGAAGUGUACUUUAAUGCACCCAAUAUGAAAGUUUUUGAUGUUGUAUUAAAUGGUGAUCAUACUAUAGUGGCAGAUUUAGACAUUUUUGACAAAGUUGGCAGGGGUGUUGCUCAUGAUGAAUACAUACCAUAUUCCAUUAAAAAUGGAAAAUUAUAUUACAAUGAGGAAGAAUCAGACAUAAGAGGAGGUAAAAUAAAAGUGGAAUUCAUCAAAGGUUACCGAGAUAAUCCAAAAAUUAAUGCCCUUUAUGUCAUGAGGGGUACAAUAGAUGAAGUUCCUAAAUUACCACCAUUAGUAUGGCCUGAGACUGAAGUGGAGGAACAAAGGGACGAAAUUGAAGAGAAGACCACUAAACCCCGGCGUGCUAGUGGGCCCAAACAACCUGACCCAUACUCUAUGGAUGAGAGUUCUGUACUUAUUCCAGUAUUCAUAACUAUUGGUGCAUUCAUUCCACUUUUGUUCUGUCUCUGUAAACUUUAAUAUGAUCAUUUGUUACUUCAUACUUUGUGUGUUUGUGUACUAUAGAGUCUGUUUCUUAUUUAUUAUGAUAUUGACAUUAAAAUUAAAAUUAUGCUCAAAUAAUAUACUUUUUGUGCACAUUAUAAAAUAAAACAAAAUUAAGUAUAAAGUAUCCCAUUCCAAUAAAAGUUUGAAAUCAAUAAUAUGCUAUUCACAUGCACAAAAAUGUAAAUAAAUAUUUUUUAGUUAUAAAA